AAGUUUACUCUUAAUCUCUCGAUUCUUCUGUGCUGUUUCCCUUUUUCUUUUAUUUACUGCGGGGACAGUUUUGCUAUUAACCAUGAAUCAAAAGUUUUGUACUUUUCAAAUAUAUUAAUAUUAGUAAAACGUAUAUGCCAUGGACAUGCAUUAUUGAAGUUUAAAAGGUCAAUCCUACUUGUUUUGCAUUUCAAGGAAGGCAAGGGUGAUUUACAGCACUGGGUGUUUACAUGAAUACUUCCUUGUCCAGUUGGCACAUUAUUGUCAGUGUCUGUACGAGGUCUUGCAUGCACUUUAUUUUAAGGACAUUUAGUUUUGGUAAAAGCAAUAAAAAGAUGAUAACUGGUGGUCAUUGCUCUGUCCUCAAACCUUCUCCCUGAGUGAAUUGAAUGCCCUGAGGGAAGAGUAGAAGGAAAGAGGUGUGGCCACAUAGCUCUGAUGACAGGUAGAGACGGGGAGGAGCUAGAUUACCUGUGCAGAGCUGACAGGCAGUGCACAGAGAACACUACACCUGUUGCACUUCCCAGGCUCUCUCUCUCUCUCUCUCUGCUUCUCUCUCCUUCUUCCUGUCCCUCUCUCUUCCCCUUCUUUUUCUCCUUCACUGCUCUGAGAAAAGGAGCCUCACCAUGGAUCCCAGUGAGGCCGGCGGGGGUGAGAAGGAGAAGGAAAAAGAGAAGGAUAAAACGAUCAAGAGGAGGAACCGGCCUGUGUUCCUGCGUUACCUGGAGAGGAGGAGGACGGACACUAUCGUGGCUGAAGACAUGGCCAAAGGUGACAUCAACCUGGGGACGCUGGUGAGGAGGUGUCAGUCUGACAAGACGGAGUACAGCGCUAAACUUAAAGAGAAAAUGACCCCACCCCACCUUUCCACCAUCCACUCUCCAGCACUGGAGCCAGAGGAGGUGCGUUUGAGGAAGAUGAACCGCAGGGCAAAGGUCAUUCAAGAGCUUGUGCAGACUGAAAAGGACUUCCUCACAGACCUGGAGCUGUGCAUCAGAGAGGUGGUCCAGCCUCUACGAAAUCUGCAGGUUGUGGAUGUGGACAGGUUGUUCACCAACACCGAGACAGUGUGUGAGGUUUCUGCAGCACUUCUUCACAGGCUGCAUGAAGCCAUGACUGAGCCUGAUCCAGAGGCAGUUGUUAUAGGAGAGAUAUUCAUUCAGGCGAAGGCAGCUUUAGAAGAUGUAUAUAAGAUUUACUGUUACCAUCACGAUGAUGCCAACAUGUCACUGAAAGCCUACGAGAAAAAUGAAGAAAUAAAGCAACAUUUCACCACUUGUGUAUUAUCUCUGAAGAAAAUCUAUGACCAAGAAGGUAAACCCAACCUGCUGGACAUGGGGUCACUGCUCAUCAAACCGGUCCAAAGGAUCAUGAAGUACCCGCUGCUGCUCGGGGAGCUGUGGCACGCCACACCUGAAGACCACCCGGACUACAGUCCACUGCAAGAGGCGUUCACUGCCACCAAGAUCAUCAAUGUGAACAUCAAUGAGUUCAAAAGACGCAAAGACAUAGUUAUGAAGUAUAAGAGGUUGGAUGAUGAAGGCACUCUGAGGGGCAAACUAAACAAGUUCAACAUCCACUCUAUCCGCAAGAAAGGCGACAGAUUUGCUGGCUUUCUCAAGAUCCUCACAGGAGUUGAACCACAGGUGAGAGAUGAAGUAUUUGACAGAGAGGAGAAGCUGUUCAGGAGUCUGGAGAAGGCUGUCAAACAGCUGGCUAAGAAUGUCCACUUUUACCUGCAGCACACUCAGGAAAUGGUGUCUGUAGCUGUUCAGAACGUUCAGGACAUGGAGGACAUCGUCAAGGAUACAAACAAAAAUGACACAAACGGCUCAUUGCACAACAAUGGAAAUGACCCCUAUAAGCACUUUAAAGACAGUAUGGAGCGCUUGGUCCUCGCCCCCCUCUUGUCCCUGCAAGGCAUGUUCACGGCCCCACAGAAGCUCAUCCAGAAGCGUUAUGACAAAUUGCUGGAUUACUGCAGCCGCCUGGAGCGUUCUUCUUCUUUUGGGUCCUCGUCAUCCACCACUUCUUCAACUUCUUCGUUGGUGUCGGAAGAGCCGCCUGGACCUGCCAGGAGGGAUUAUGAAGCUCUCAAUGCUUUACUGGUGGAGGAGUUGCAGAGGUUCAACAAGGCCGCCUACACUAUCCUGACCAACUGUGUGGUGUAUCUGGUGGCCCUGCUCAGAGGCUUGAUGGAUAGCAUACUACUUCGGUCCCCAUCCGUACAGCAGUUACCAGCUCCGUUGUCAAACAUUGCUGAAGUGCAGAACAGCAUCAUGGAGGAGCUGAACAAUCUGACUUUUGUCAAGGAUAACGCACAGAAGUUAAUGGAGCGAAAAGUCAGCUUCGAGAGACAACGAGACAAGAAAAUAGCGGUGCCGGAGGUGCAGCAUCAAACCGAGGAACAGCGUGCCUGGCUGCUGGCAGAAUACCCAGUGAGCCGUCUGUACCAGCUGAAGAGGAAGUGUAAUGGCUGCCAGGAGCAGGACCUCAGCCUGCUGGAGGGAGAGCUGGUAGCCCUGCUGGAGGACACAGACCCAUUAGGGAGCAGCAGCCGCUGGCUGGUUCACACUGGAGGUGCGCAGGGCUACGUCUACUCCACAUUCCUGAAGCAGUACAACCCUCUGAGGGACUCGCAGCGGGCAGGCCAGAUGGCCAAAGAGCAGCAACAGCAGCAGCCACCUGCCAUGGUGGAUGAGGACUUUGACGACCUUAGCCUGUUCGUGUCAGGCAGUGGCAGCAGCAGCCUGCGCAGCUUCAACCUCAACACCACUGACAGCAGCUCGACCCUGUCUGGACUACAGGGGGAGCUCGAGAGCCCUGAAGACCUGGGAGAGAGCGUGGACGGAGAGACGCAGCAGUUCUACGCUGUUUAUGCAUUCCAAGCACGCUGUGACCAAGAGCUGACAUUGCAGGAAUACCAGCAUGUCCGCAUCCUUCAGUUCUGUGACCUGGGAGGCAAUAAGGAGUGGUGGUUAGCAGAGGCUAAUGGACAGAAGGGAUACGUCCCUGCCAACUACCUUGGCAGGAUGUCCUAUGCAUAAACAGAGGCCCUUUAUUUAUUUAUUUAUAGGAUAUCCGAAAAAUCUAACAACCUGUGGCAUUUUAAACAAACGCACACAUUUAAUACACAACUGAAAUGACUUUAAACCUUCACAUUUCUGCUUUGUGAAAGUAAAAAUGGCACUCGGUAUAACAAGAUUAUCAUGCGUCUCAUACCAAAAGUGUUGAUGUUAAAUCUGUUUUGCCUUCAGAAGCUCAUAAUGAGAGAGCUCCCCAAUGGGACAUGACCAAUAAUCUGUGAUGAAUAUUAUAAUAAUUAUGGUAGGAAAAUACAGGGCACUGUGCUGAGCACUUUUUCUACUUCAGUGUUGUUGAGUUUAUAUUGGUAAUGAAGUGAUUUAAUAUUGAAGUUA